UAAUGUCUUAAUAAUUAAAAGGGGCAUACAAAUAACAAACCAGAAGAAUGACUUGGGAAUCUUAAUUUGAAUUUACAAAUGAGAAAUGUUAAAGUUUUGUCAGUUCUGAGAGCUGACAAAGAGAAAUGGAGAAGAAUCAAAUUCUGAGAUACUAUGGUGAUCAAAGAUCAAGAUUGAUAUUUCUCAUAACUCUUAAUGAACUGACUGGCAAGAACCUGUAAAUAAGAUAUGAGUUAUGGGGAGAAUAGGAGGUUUUUUUGUAGUACAGAAAUGGUGAUACAUUACUGAAAUUGUACUUAUGAUUAAAGGAGAAGACAUUUCCUUAUUUUUUUUAUUUUGAUGAGGGUAAUGCUUAUAAUAUUAUAUUUCUGUUCACUAGAACUAGACGGUAGACUUUAAGACCUCUUCUUCUUAUCAUAACUUGAUGUUUCAGGAGCAUGUUUUCAUUGUGAACCAAAACACCAAAAGCAGUCUAAUGUCUUAAAACAGAUACUGAGAAACAUGGAGGAAAAGAAACUCUUCCUAUUUCUAUAGCACACUUUUCAAACUUCGAAGAAAGUGAAGAAAAUCUAGUAGAUCAAACACUAGAAUGCUUACACAAUUACUUUCUUAUUAUGGUUGCAAUUUGGGAUUCCAUAUCAUAAGACUAUUUCAAAUUCAGAUCAUCAGUGGCUUGUACAUAUCAAUAUAUACAGAUACCCAUGAGGGUAUAUUGAUGUGAUAGUCCCUUAGAGCUUCCUUUUUCUUUCCAACACCCAAGAAUAUUGGGGAAAAUUGCAGAAGAAUUCAUGACUCCAGGUGACUGCCCACUCAUUGGCAGGUUAACACUUAAUAAACUGAAUGGAAUAGACCCAAAUUUUGUACCGUUUGAGAAGCUGGAAAAAGGAUGGCUGAGUUCUUAAUAGUACAUCUGGCUCAAAAUUGCCGGGGUGGGGGAAUGGGAGAGAGAUGAUCCCCCACAUAUGGGAUAAGCAGUUGAGUGGUGCUUAUCCCAUAUGUGCAUCCCUCCUUCUUCCUAUUUAUGUGACCCAGAACAGAGUAUUUGCGGCUUAUUCUUUGCUUCUGGGUACACAAAUGCACAUGCUUACCCAUUGAUGUAACACAAGGUGAGACCAGGAAAUUUAUAGAUGCAACUGCUGUUUCAUUACAAAGAAGAAAAUAGAAGUGCCUCUUGUGGCAAUUGCUGGUGAACAGACUAUAAAUAAUUGCAGAAGCCAUAUUUGCCUAUCUUUUCUCCUAUGUUGCAGUGUUUAAAAUGUUUAAAGAGUUGAAUAUUUAGGUAUAUUAAAGAUUUCACAUAAUAUUACAUACAGCAGAUAUGUGAAUGGGCACAAUGGAGAUCAUAUUCAUUUGUAUAGCUUAACUGUACUUUGUUUUUUAUUUUGUGUCUGUAAAAUGGGAUAGUAAUUUAUGUUGAUUGAGAGCUGUACAAUAGCUUUGUAAAUUAAUGAAAUUCAGUUCUGUUUUACAAUUCUGUAGAAUCUAUAAGCAGCAUCUUGUUCACUAAUACAACUUCUUUAUAUAGACAUUUUCAUGCUGGGUACUGAAAAUGAGAAGGUAAAAGGGAGCAAGAAUUUCUGUUUUGUUUGUUCUGAGUUGACUGCUGUUUCUUUCACUUAAUAGCAGUAGUUAUAAGACCUUUAUUGGAGGCAUUUGAAUAAAAUGCUCAGUCAAGUUGUAAAACCAUUUUAUCUUGUGUCCCUUAGUUUUCCAUUUCAUUUGUAACAAAAAUAUUGACAAGCUGAAUAUAGUAAUUUCAUGGGAGUUUAUGUUUGAUUUUGUCCAUACCAGCAAAGAGGAGUAGCAUUCAGAAGAAAUAACAUCUUUUAUUAAUUAAAAGGAUUCUAAUUGUUGUGAUUUAUCUUUGAAAGUCCAUAACAGAUACACCAUGGCAAAUAUAUUUUAUAAUGUGUUAAAGCCAGAGUGCAGAAACUAUAGCCGACCAACCUCUAUUUUUUUGGGUGGGGAGGGAGAUAAUUUCCUGAAUUGAAUGGAUCCUAACAUUUCACCUUUUUAAAAAUUGACUGAUGGUUUAAGGUGAAACCAGUUUCAUCUCUUAAAAACUCAGCCCUCCAUAUAUCCUUCCUGUGCAUAUUUUAGAAAACCAGACUUUGAUGCACUGUGCAAAACUUAGUUAAAACUAAUGCAACCGGUACAGUUCUGAUUUAAAAAUGUAUUUUGCAAUUAUUAAUGAAAUUGAAAAGUCUUUUCCAUCAUUUGAGCAUCCCACAAAUUAUUUGCUUAAAUAUUGUUAUAAAGUACUCGAAAUUUCCUAGUCCCAAAGGAUAUUUGGGAUAAAAUGUGGCCACUUAUUAUUUCCGUGAGAAGAAAGAAGAUGAGCUGACAUUGGUUCUUUGUAAGCUUUACUAAUGUACUUGUCUUUUAAAAGCGUCAUUUAGUAGCUUAUAGACAUCAGUUGAGUGCCUUUAAAAUUAAUUCUGGCAGCAGAGAAGAUGAUUGAGGAUUGCACUGUCAUGAUAUACAACAAGUAGUCAUUAUCUAAGGUAUCAAAAGAACUGAAUUACAAUAGGCUUUUAAGAGGUGGAACAAUUAGACGUAUGUAAACAUUUAUUGCUUUUUUAUUACUUUUUUUGAUGUGUCACAGCCAAUGUCCUCCUUCUUUGGAGAUCUGCUUAGCACCAACCUGAUGGUAUUCAGGAAAUUUGCCAGAACCAAAUGUUUCAAAAAAUGUAUAAGAAUUAAUGACAUGGCAGACUCCCCUUCCCAUAAAAGAUGAUUUUUGCUGCUAGAAGUGUUUUUCUCGGUGUAAACUUUUGACUAGAAAGUUGAUUGGUAUUUUAAAACUUCCUCUGUUUUAUUUUCUAUAAUUUGUAAGCAGCUGUGAACAUUUUGGACUAAGCAGCAUAUAAAUCACAGGAAUGAAUGAAUAAGAGGGCGGGGAAUUACUGCAUCUGUUGCCUUAUAUUCUAGUAGGGAAUUUGUUCAAUAUUUUUUAAAGUUUUUUUAAAAGUCUUUUAAAGUUUUAAUCAAUUGGGUUAGCUUUUUAUUUGCAUGUUUGUAUCCUUAAAAAUGCGACACAAGACUUCAUUUACAAAAUAUUUGUUUUGGAAAGACUCAUUCUUCUUUAUGAUUAUUUUUUCUUCAGUAACGCUUCCUAGUAUUUUGCUGGUUAGUAUUAAAAAGAACUUUUAUAAGUGCUCUUCUGUUGAGGUUGCCUUAUUUGUGGCCAGUCUGAAAUCCAAUUCAUUGCUCUUCAGCCCACUAAAACUGGCAGAUUUAUUUCUGAACUACGCUGUGACUUUCACAUUUAUGUUAAUAAGCAUGUAAAGCAAAUGAGAGUACAUAUGGUACUUGAUAAAUGGCCCACAGAUCCUCUGGGAGUUCUUCCCAGUUUUCCCACCUCCCAUCUGAUCAGCAUUCUGUUAGAAGUUUCAACAGAUCACUCAUUGCCCGCUAUUAAUGUUAGCAAGAAAAUAGCCUUAAAAUAGAAGUGCUGGGUGGGGAUGAAACAAGGUCAAACUUACUUAUUUCCUUGGUAUGAGCAGCAGUGAGGAAUCAGAAGCCUACAAGGAGUUUACAGGUGAUGUAUCGCCAAUCAGUAUGUCACCCAUCAGUCAGUCACAAUUUAUUCCACUUGGAGAAAUCCUUUGCUUGGCCAUCUCAUCAAUGAACUCAGCACGAAAACAAGUCACGCAAGAAGCAUUAAUAGAGCACCUAACAACCUGCUUUCCUGGUGUUCCAACUCCAAGUCCCGAAAUCCUUCGUCAUACCUUAAACAUGCUUGUACGAGAAAGGAAAAUAUACCCAACUCCAGAUGGUUAUUUCAUUGUGACUCCACAGACUUAUUUUAUAACACCUUCUCUCAUAAGAACUAACAGUAAAUGGUACCAUCUGGACGAGAGGAUACCUGACAGGUCUCAGUGUACCUCUCCACAGCAAGGAACUAUAACUCCUUCCACCUCGGGCUGUGUCAGAGAUCGAACGUUACCUAAAAACCACUGCGACUCUUGCCAUUGUUGCAGAGAAGACAUGCAUAGCAUGCAUGCAUCAACUCUACAGAGGAAAUCAACAAAAGACUGCAAAGACUCUUAUUGCCCCCCUUCUCUUUGCCAGGUGCCACCCACUGAAAAAAGUAAAAGUACUGUAAAUUUUUCUUACAAAACAGAGACACUUUCAAAGCCUAAAGAUGGAGAAAAGCAGUCUAAAAAAUUUGGGCUAAAAUUGUUUCGACUGAGUUUCAAAAAAGAUAAGACAAAACAGCUGGCCAAUUUUUCUGCCCAAUUUCCUCCUGAAGAAUGGCCUUUACGGGAUGAAGAUACUCCUACCACUAUACCUAGGGAGGUAGAAAUGGAGAUUAUUAGACGUAUCAAUCCUGAUCUGACUGUGGAAAAUGUCAUGCGGCACACUGCACUAAUGAAGAAGCUUGAAGAAGAAAAAGCUCAAAGAAGCAAGGCUGGAUCAUCAGCUCAUCAUAGCGGGAGGAGCAAAAAGAGUAGAAGUCAUAGAAAAUCUCAUGGAAAAUCUCGGUCGCACAGCAAAACUCGAGUCUCUAAAAUAGAUCCUUCAGAGGGUUCUCAUUUAGAUGUUCCAGGUGAAAGGGAAUAUGAUUUCUAUGAUCCCCUCAUGAGGUCCCCAAGGGAAGGCUGCUACAUAAUAGAACACAAAAGGGACAACUUUAUCAUGCACAGCAGUCCUAAUGUUCUUGAGUCUCAUUUUCCUAUGACACCUGAAUGGGAUGUAUCUGGUGAACUGGCCAAAAGGAGAACAGAAAUGCCUUUUCCUGAACCUUCAAGAGGAAGCUCCCAUUCUAAAGUCCAUCGAAGCCACAGCCACACACAGGACCGAAGAUCAAGAAAUGAGAGAUCUAAUAAAGCCAAGGAACGAUCUCGAUCUAUGGAUAACUCAAAAGGACCUCUGGGUACUGCUUCCUUAGGUACCCCUGAAGACAUAAUUGAAGCUUGCAGCCAAGAUGACCAAGCAACCAGUCAAACAUAUAUAGAUGAUAGCACCUUAAGGCCUUCACAAUCACUUAGUCAUCAAAGGGCUCUUCUGUCAUCUGUAAAUUACAAAGAGGUAAUUAAACCUGAAAAGAUUGUUGGCAGUGGAGAAAUUCCUACUUCCUGUACCUUGUUAGAACAAAGCAAACCAACUGAGAAUUUACCACCUUAUAAUGAACUCAGUUCUUGUACAACAAAAUCAGCCAUUGACGAUUAUUUUCAGUGUAAUACUUCCAGUGAAACAGUACUCACAGCUCCUUCACCUUUAGGAAAAAACAAAGAUGACAGUGACCCAGUGAUUUUGGCAGAUAGUACAAAAAAAGUCUCUCCCUCAGAAAGACAGUCGCAGCACUUAGCUAGAGAACCAGGAGUUCAUAGAGAGGAGUCACCUAAAGGGCCAAGUAAUAGUAGUGGGCCAAUUGCUUCAAGUCAGACAGCUGAAGUAAUUACAAAUGGCCGACUAGCUCAACAUCAUAGCACAGAGUCCAGUAGCCUUGAUAAGAGGAAAGAAAUAUUUAGUAAAGACACACUUUUUAAGCCUCUCCACAGUACUCUAUCUGUCAACAGUUUUCACAAACCUAAUGUGCCACACUUAAAACCUCAUCAAAAGACACCUUCUGAAACUUUGCCGAGCAGAUGUGAUAAACUUGAACAAGCUAUGGUAACCUCAGUCACACAAGUCAUACCAAUUUCCCAGAGGCAGCAAGAAACAGCUGGAAACCAAGAAGCAGCUUUUGAUUAUUACAAUGUCUCUGAUGAUGAUGACUCUGAGGAAGGGACUAAUAAGAAUACAGAGGAAGAGAAGAAUCGGGAUGAUGUGGGCACUAUGCAGUGGCUUCUUGAGCGGGAGAAGGAAAGAGACUUGCAGAGGAAAUUUGAAAAGAAUCUCACUCUACUUGCUCCAAAGGAAACGGAAAACAGCAACAGCCAGAGAGCCACACAUUCAGCAAGGCUGGACAGCAUGGACAGCAGUAGCAUCACAGUUGACAGUGGAUUCAAUUCUCCACGUACUCGUGAAAGCUUAGCUUCCAAUACUUCAAGCAUUGUUGAAAGCAACAGACGCCAAAAUCCAGCUCUCAGUCCUGCACAUGGUGGUGUAGGUCCAGUGUUCAGCUUCCGAGCAACUGCUGACCCUCCAACAAGCGAAACUGAAAAACUGCAGAAACCCGCUAAUUGCUUGCAAGCUUCUGUUACAAGUGUUUGAUAGUGCUUCUGCCUCACAUCUUCUGUCUCAUCGUAUGCAUCAAAGUUUACGACACUGAGAUUGAUGUUUACGUGUUUGGAGGGAAAAAAUAAACCAGGCAUUUUAACUGCAUAGUUUUUGUGUCAACUUAAACUGUGCUGCUAGAUAGGCUAGGGGCAACAAAGAAAUCUUUAUUUCAAGGCAUUGCUUUUCACAUUUUGCGGCUCUGUAGCAACAGAAUAGGGACAAUAUGUACACUUUCGCUUCACUUAUUGUAACUGAGCACAUAUAUGAAAGUCUAGACACUGUAAGUGUAAUCUGCAUUUUCAAUGUCAUGCAGUUGCCAACUUCAUUUAAAAAUGCCACAGAUAUGUGAUGCCCCACCACUGAUUAAACUGUUUACCACAGAUGUGAUUUUUUUUCCUUUAUAAACUGAGCCUUCAUUGAAAGUAAACAGCUAAGGGUCACCUUGAAGGCAAACAAUGCCAAACAAGAUUAGGAAAGACCUCAGCUCUACCUGUGAAUUAUUUAUAUAUCUGUCAUUUUCACUGUGAGUCUUCAUGACAUGAUCUUGCAAGAAAUCAUAGCAAAAGUAAGUUAAAAGAGGUCAUGUUUUAAAAAUGUGGGAAGAGGUAGGCGCUAAUGGAGAAGUUACUAUUUUUAUGUUACUUGAGUUCUUUUAAACUAAAAAGUAGAUAUUUGCCUAAAUCCUAUUUCUUAAUUUUGCAUAUUUGCAAGGAGGGGUUUAAUACUUGUAAUAGAUGGUGAGUAAAGAAAAUACUAACUUUGACUGGGACACAUCGUUAAGUGACAGGAGAGGUAGCAAACACAGCAAAUACUAAAUAGCAAAUAAAGUUAAGCAAUCACUUUAAUGUGUUACCCCAGCUAUUACCCCCAAAUAUUACUAAUAUUGAAAGAAUUUGAACAAUUAUUAAAAAAAGCUCUUUGUAAUACAAAUAAUAGUGGCCUGAAGAGUUGAUUUCUUUCUAUGGAAGGACAUAUUAUAUUUCUAUUUUAUGUAGAUUUUAGAGUGCCUAAAUUAGGCUAUUGAAAUGAGCAUACAUUGUAGAAAACAGAUAUAGAGACUAAUAAACUUCAGGCUUUUUAUUGAAUUAUAUUUCUUUGUAAGUAAACAUUGUAUGGAAAUACUAAGUUUAAGAACAAUCACAGAAAUUGAAAUUAAACAUAUCUAGAAGUGUUGCUGAUAUGCAGAGAGAUCACUUUUCUGAUAUGAGAGGUGAGAAAAAUUGAUGCAUUGAUGCAUAGAAAGCUUAAUUAGAUUUUUCAUCAUCAAAAGCUAGGUCCAUAAAAUACAUUAUUUACCUCUCACAUAAAAUUCACAAAGUUAAUAACAGAAGUUCUGUAUGCAUUGAUUUAUUAUAAAGUAUAUGUCCUGCAAUGGCUAAUCCAAAGUAAUUUAUUUUUGAAAAAAAAAGUAUACUAAAUUAAUGGUUAGAAAGGUUUACAGUUUCAGAAGUAAACUUGAAUAAUAUAAAGGGCCAAAUUCUGCUUCAGUUAUUUAUGCAAUCCCACAUUGCAGAGAAUUAGUUUUUCAAACAAUCAUAAUUGUGGUGCAAGUCAAACUAUGAAAUUCAGUAAGAUCAGGAGUAGUGUAAAUUGUUGUGCACAUUGACAUUUACACUAUUUGUCUUUUGUUGAUCUUCAGGUGAUAAAAUCAAACAUACCAUUAAAGGCAGUAUUUCAUUAGCUAUUGGUAACAAUAUAAUUUCUCAAGCUUCAUUUGUGUUCUGUGUUGUCUUCUGAAGGUGCACUUUGAAACCGGUUUUGAACGGCUUGCAGGUGCUUCUUGAAAUAGCUUUAUAAAUCUUAGACUUACUUGGUUUCAGUUUACAUUUUGAUCAGUUAUUCCAUUGUUAAAUCUGGGGGGUUUGGAACCUGUUGAAAAACUUAGAAGUAUCUUUUGCAUUUCUGAACAAGCAGGAACCGCUUUCUUCCCUUCAGUUUUGGGAAGCGUUCCACCAUGCUUCCUGAAUCACUUCAUUUUGAGUUGCAACCAUUCUAUACUUAGAACAAGCAGUACAGGAGAAGGACUACAUACUUUAUUUAUUAUCAUGUGUAAAUUCUGUUUCCUGCAAAGAGAAAGGUAGCACCCACUGCACGUAAUGAAGAAUAUUAUGCUGCUUGAUUCCUUGGUCGCCUCUCUAAAUUUGAAGCUAUGUUGUAAUAAACCAGUAAGGCAUUGCUGGACAGAAUUUACUACUGACACAUAAAACAUUAGCAGUAUUUUAAUAGAUGCAGAUUCCAAAUAGGUUUUGAGGAAAAAACUGUUACCAUAGUCAUUAUAAUUUGAAUAUGAAAUAUGUUCUGAUAGUACCGUAUGUAUUAGUUCACCAAGUAAAAAUUGUAGAAACAGAUUGCUUAACUUAUGGCCAAAAGCAAAAAUUAAAACACAGUAUUAAAAUGGGGCAGAUAUUACCACAUAUGGGAAAUUACUUUUUUCAUCAAUGAGAAUUAUUGAAAUGGGUACCUGUAGCAGUUAUGCAAAAUAAAUCACACCACUGUUACAUUUACAGAUUAUCUUAAGUUGACAUUUAAGGGUUCCCAAAGAAGAGCUUUAAAAAGGUCCUGGCUAUGUUGGCAUGGUUAUUGGCCAAUAGUAUGUUUAUGACUUUUUAUUAGCAUUAAUGUAAUUCUUGCAACAUGUAAUAUAAACAGAAGUUACAAAAAGAAAUGUUCUUAUUGUGCAUUAUUUUUUAAGGAAAGCCCAUCUUGAGAUUAUAGAUAUAUACCCACAGGAGUGGAGCUUGAGUGUUGAGUGACAAACUGUUAUCCUGUGAUAAAUUUACAAUGAUCUUAUAUUAAUUACAUGGUUGAUUAUCCUCCUUUUACUAUAUCAGCUGAAAGGUUUACAAAACCAGAAUGCGUUGAAUUUCUAUGUUGUGACUUUAAAGGGUCAACACAAAUCUGUCGGCAUUUUGCACACUGAAUAUGUAUUAUUAUAAUACAACAUAUUACUUUUAUGGUAAAAAAAAAGAUUUUUUUACACAUAUAACUACCUCCAUGAAUUUGAUGAAAUGCAGCAACAUUUUAAAAAAAAGGUAAUGUUAAGAGCAGCAUUUAAAACUUUUAUGAAGAAAAAAGGCCAUGAUGUUCUCUCGUGUGUCGGUGCUUGUGUAUGAAGUCAUUUUUCAUUGCCAUGAUUUCCUGUUACUGUGUUAAAUUGGCUUUUGACUUUAGUAGUACAAGAUUUUAUAAAAAGUUGUAGAAUCUUUUAGAUAAACAAAGGGAGGAUCAAAAUUGUCCUUUGUAUUUUCAUUUCUGUCGAAAUGUCGACCUGAUAGGAAGUCAAGUGUUGCUUGUAAUUUAGAAGCCUGUUAAUAGAUACAGUAUAUGGAAUAUGACUGGCAGUUUAGGGCUUAACAGGAGACACGCCGGCUAUUUUAACUGCCUCCAUUGGAACACUUUGGGCCCUAUUCUGCCCUACUUGUGGGUAGAAGCAUGCCAGAAUUUAACUUGCAUCCUAACAUUAAUUGCCCAUGGGUGUGAUAAAUUUCUCAGUUUUUGAUCUUAGGCAUUUUGGGGGUUAAAUGUUAUAAGUUGAGUCCUUUUCACAAUGAAAUAAGUAGUCUGAUGUCUUGCCAUUAUGACAUCGGGAAUGUAGCCACAAUAUAAGAUGAAACCACUGAUUUUCAUUUUAAGAUAAUAAUCAGGUUGUUUCCUGUUGGUUUUUUUUAAUGAGGAGCAGUUAAGAAGUACAUUAAAAAAUCUAGAGAAAGUUGGGAAGAUCAAGAAGCAUUUAAAUGGCAGCUGCCUUACGACAACUAUAUUGUUUCUGAUGUACUAGACAUACAGGUUGGAUUUUUCAGUUCAAUGUAGGAUUUUUAAAAAGAUAAUUGGAGGAACAUAUUUUCAGAAUAUUUUAAGAUGUUAAAAUAGUAUUGGCUUUAUUAUAUUCAUGGCCAUGGACACAGUAUGCCGGAAACAUACUGCAAUCAUACAGCAAAGUUAUCCAGAUUCUGCACCUGCAAUCUGAAUACUAGUUUGCUCCUGUGCUCCUUUGUUCACCUGAAAGGAGAACCACAACUAGACCUUUCCUAAUGACAACCCUAUGCAGAUCUAUCCAAUAAUCCCCAAAGGUGAAGGGAUUAAUCUCCCUUAUAGAAAUGCAAAAGAUGCCAAUUCCCAGAAUUCAAGCUGUAUGGUGCAGUCAUGGACACAAUGACCACAGUCCUCCCUGAAUAUAAUAACUAGAUAAAUACAAAAGAGUUGUGUAAUUAAACAGCAUUCUUACUCUCAGUAAAUCACCAGCAUUAGCUGUCCAUCAGAAAUGGCAGCUACUUCUAUUUUGGGAGGUAGUGAAUGAUUUUAAUAAAAAGAGUAGGUCAUGAAACAGUGGUAAUAGGUUGCACUGAUAUUGUGCCUUGACUUCACAAGUCCAAACUCCACUGAAAUACAAUGACUUGCUUUUAAGUAAGUGUUCUUAGGUUCACAAAUUUAUCAAGUAAGGGUGCUGUCAUCUGACCUGAAUUUAUUGUACAUCAGAGCAUCUUUGCCUGCCUGCUUAUAAUAAAUGUUUAAAAUAAGAUCAGUAUUAAUACGGCAGCAUUAAUUUAAAGUUAUUGAAGAAAAGAAAUUAUUAUGAAGCCUUGCACUAGCUCUUACCAGAGUGCCAAAAUGUCUCACUUCCAACAACAUAACAGUUCCCAUUGACAAAAAAGAACAAAAAUUAAUGCAAGCAAAGAAAAUAAUUUAAAUAUAUUUUAUGCGGGAUUUACCUUAACAGGAAGUUGCUAAAUUCAUUAAUGUAGUUUGUUGUAGUUCAUACUUCUUUCUGCUCCUCCAUGCAAGUGAUAUUAUAAAAUAGAAAAACUUUCAAUCUUUUUUGUGGACUGGCUUUUGAAACAGAAAAGAAAAUCCCCUUUCUGUCCUAAGCAUUCAGAUAAUUAUUGUAAGCAUUAUUUUUUUUCCAGGUCUGUGGCACUUUCAAACUGCCCAGCCCUUAUCUGCCCUUUUGAGAAUUUAGACAUUCUUGGAUUACCUACCAAGAAUGGUCACAGCCUCUUUGAAAGCACACAAACCAGCUACUGGAAGUUUUCUCUCCAUACAGCUGGCAUUUUAAGCCUUUCUCUGCUGCAGAUUUAUAUACGAGGUGCUAUCACUGGAUUUGGGAUCAAGGGAAGGCUAGUAAGAUAUCUCAUGAUAUUGUUACAUGCUGUCAUUCCAAAUCUGCUUUCAUGUUCAUUGGUGCAAAUCACAUUUAAUUGAAAUGAUAAAAUAUACAUAGACUUUGCGUUUUUAAAAUGGCUUGAAUAUUUGUGUUUGUUUUAAAGAUAACAUUACUGGAAUAGAAUCAUUAAUGUCAUAAUAAUGGUUUCAGCUCAGCUCAAGAUGAAUGCAUAAAAAUGUUUGUAUGAUGUGCAUUCAGUACACAAAGUGUAAGACAAAUGUGGGGGUUACAUAAUGUGUGGAACUAAGUAUAUUGUACUACAGUUUUUUGCUCAUAUUGCAGUCUUCCUUGGAUCCGCAAAGACAGAGAGCUUAAAUAUCAGGUGAUAGAUAAUUAGGAAAACUGCUGAUCCCCCAUUUUUGAUGCCGAGACAGAUUGAAAAACAGACCCGCAGCAUAGCAUGAUGGCAAAAUUAGCAGGACAAUUCAGGCUUCUUCUGUGAGCCUCCCAUGGAUAAAACAAAAUACGGUGCCUCUUCUAACAUGUGACUGAAGCAAAGGCUACACUCAACACUUCAGAGAAGUGUAAUGUAUUACUAGCUUAUGCAGCAGUAUAGAACAGUAGAUGACUUCUCUAUGUUGGACAGGUAGUUUGAAUAGAGUCAAUGGGAUUUACUUUCAUUGGAGAAAUACACACAGAGCUAUUGUAUUUCAUAAUUUGGGCCUGCAAGCUCCUAUCAUGUCAAGUAUAUGAUACACAAACACUUCAUAAACUCACCAGAGUGCCUCCACUUUGAGUUCUGGAUCAUAAAAGGUAUUCUAGACAAAUUGCUCUUCUCUCUGUGAGAAACUUACCCACACACACCCCUUGAUGCUAGUUGAUAAUCAUCUGUAACAGUACUCUGAUUUUCAAGUUAACAAUGCUGUUAAAAUGGAUAUAUAUCAAACACCUGCCUGUGAGCAUAAAAGAUCUCAAUAGGGCCCAAUGAGUAACUUAUAUGUCAUCAAAAGACUUUCCAUUUAAGGGUUCAUAAUUCUGCAGGUAACCUUCUGUGAGUGACUGAAUGUGACUGUUGCAUUAGGUUUAAAUGAGUAAAUAAAUGCAAGUGGGACUUACUGUAUGCUAGAAGGGAGUUUUGCAACCAAGACAGCCUUGUACAAAUGUGUUUGCACUGAAAAAGAAAUAUUAAAAUUACUUGGUCUCUGGUUGCUGUAAAGGUCAUCCAAGCUGGAUGUUCUGUUUAUAUUGUACAGAAUUUCAUAUGAAAUAAUUACAGUUCAUGAAAUGUCUUCCCUUAACGUUACUGAUUUAUAACAGCACAUUUGUGACAUGGUUUUUAUUGUGUCAGUGUACCAUAUUGUAAAUGAUGAUAACUUGUCAUGCUUAGUAAAAUAACUUAAAAAAAGGACAGGGAUUUUUGUAAGUCUAUAUUUGAAAGUCCCUUCAUAUGGUAAUACUGUGUUCAUGUUGUUUAUGUAGUGUUGUGUGAAAUAUCCAUUUUGGAUUGUGUUACUUUUUAAAAUAUUAAAUAACAUUUG